AUGGCGAUCCCCAGUACGGGCAUGGUUCUGCUCGUGGUGGGCGGAAUCCUGAUGUUUCUCAACACCUUCUUCGUCGCUCUCCGUCUCUAUACUCGGAUCGUCGUCGUGAGAUCCGUUCGAAUCAGCGAUGCGCUGCUUGUGCUUGCAUUGGGCGCUUUUGGAGCCCUCUACGGUCUCCUUGUUAUAGGAGUCAAGGGCGGCAUUGGCGGCAGCAUUCUCCAAGCCGGCCUUGCUGGCAUCGCAGUCUCUCUCAAAGUCAUCUUCUUCCUGGAGAUCAUCUACGUAGUCCUCACCUCCGCCAUGAAAGCGAGUAUCGCUCUUACGUUUAUCCGUCUCUCACGCUCGAAGUUCCUGAAUAUUCUUUUCUGGGCUUCCAUCGGCUUGGACGUACUCAUCAGCGCUGCCUUUAUCAUCUAUUUGCUUGUCCAAUGCAAACCGAUCGAUUAUGCAUGGAGGAUGCUGGAGGCAAAUGCCAAGGGCGAGUGCCUACCGCUUACAGGACAGCUGUACAUGGGCUACGCAUUGUCCAUUGUAACGGCGACUCUGGAUGCGCUGCUGAUGAUCUCGCCCUGGUUCAUGAUGCGAGGGCGAGGUCUGCACCCGAGACUGAAGCUUUGCAUUUACGGCCUCUUUGGGUUGGGAAUACUUGCAACCAUUGCCAACAUCAUCCGUCUCGUGGCGCUCGUCAAACUCAAGGGCUCCAGUGAUCAGCUCGCCCCUGUCUUUAACUGGUCUGCCAUCGAGGUCAGCAUUGGUAUCAUUAUCGCUGGACUGAUUGAACUCGGCCCGCUUGCCGCCAAGUUCGGAAUCGGGGGCUUCGAAAACUAUGCUAGCGAUGACGAUAGAUACCCGUUGACGAAGAAUACCCACGAAUCAAACUUCCAGGAGUACGAGAUGGAUUCGAGAAAGGUAUGA